AUGGAAAAGAUACUACGAGGAAUCAUGAGAUAUCGAGUUUUAGACCGAGCAAGCAUGGUGAAACAAUUUCAAGAAGUUAAAGAUAACCCGACGCCAAAAGCUGUCUUCUACACAUGCAUGGAUAGCCGAAUGAUACCAACACGAUUUACAGAAACUAGUGUGGGAGAUAUGUUCGUUGUUCGAAAUGCGGGAAAUGUUAUACCCCAUUCCCAAUAUUUUGUCGAUGAAAUGACUAGUUGCGAACCUGCAGCAUUGGAACUUGGUUGUAUAGUAAAUAAUAUAAGACAUAUAAUUGUAUGUGGACAUAGUGACUGUAAGGCUAUGAAUCUAUUAUACAAAUUAAAGAGUAGAGAAGAAUCGAGCAAGGAACAACGAAGGAUAUCUCCGCUAAAGUCAUGGCUAUGUUCACAUGCAGAAUCCAGUCUAAAAAAGUUUCUGGAUAUGAAAGGUGACUUCUCCAAACCCAUGUUAUUCACUUCCGAAACCCCUCAGAGGAAGUUUGUUGCAUAUAUUGACCCUGAUAACAAAUUCAAUAUAGAAGAUAAACUAUCUCAGGUUAACACACUGCAACAACUACAAAAUGUGGCUUCGUAUGGGAUGCUGAAGAAACGUUUAGAAAAACACGAUUUACACAUACAUGCGUUAUGGUUUGAUAUUUAUACUGGCGAUAUUUACUAUUUCAGCAGACGCGCAAAACGCUUUAUAAUAAUCGAUGAAAGUUCAUACGAAUCUAUACUAGCUGAAGUAAGGCGAUAUUAUUCCUAGACAUAAAUCUACUAUAGGCGUACGUAACUUUUUAUAUUUGUUUUCGAUUUUUUUACUUUUAUAAUCGUACCUAUAAAUAGUCAAAAUGUGAGUUCGUAACAUAGCUUCUUGUCAUAAUAAUACCAUUAUUAACUGCUUCAUGUGGUUGAAAUGAAUCUCAUCGACCAAAGCUGUUAAAAUUGAGGCAGGCCGUUAGUUUUUGCUAAGGAACUCGGAAACCAGGGAAAUGUACAUAAAAUUAAUCAAAUAUCAAUGAUUAUCAAUAUUAUAUUUAAUCUCAAGAACAAAAAAAGUUUACCAAACUUAAAAGUCAGUAGAAAUCAGUUAGUUAAGUAAGUAGGUAGGUAGUUUUUAUCAUUUUACAUACAGUAAAUAAGUUAUGAACUUCGAAUAGUUAUAGCCAUAGGUAUAUUAUUGGUACUUAAAGUAUUCAUUUACGUAAUUUAUCUAAAUAUUUGUACAAUACAAUAAAUAAAUCCAGAGACGAUAGAUAGAUAGCUAAAUACAUUUGGAUUCAGAAUUUUCUUCGGAUAUCAAUUAAGUACUAAAUCAUUGUCUUAACGCACUGACUUUUGUAGGUACCUACAAGCACACUUUUAAGCUCAACUCUAAUUUUAAGGCCAUGCUUUAUUGUUUUUUUAUGUAUCCUACCCUCAAUAUUGUAUAAAAUUGGGUUGAAUGAAUGUCAUAAAGCCAUGAAGUGGCUCUAUCUAUCUCUCUCGAGAGUUUCUAUUGGGUGAAGCGAGAAAUGUUAUUUGUUGAGAAAUAUUAUUACGGUAAUUAUGGGACCAAUAAAUAUUAAUCAUCAUGCUA